ACCAAACCGGAUUUGCCUUUAACCCUCUCGGGCCUCUCCAUAUUGCUGGGAUCCCCCUGCCUUCUCCAGAUACAUGGGCAAAGCCUACUUCUCUGAAGCCAAAAGAGGCCCAAGGCAUGCACCAUAUCAAUCUGAGAGGUGGCGCCAUGAUCCCACAAAAGCAUCACCCCCACUUGUAAGACUCCGCAGUCCCAAUGUGACCUCUUCAACGGCUUCACUUGGACCCCCGCCUGUCUCUUUCCACUGCCGGUCCUCCUUUCCACUCCAGUGCUCCGGAUAUCGAGGUGCUGGGGAAGUUCUGGCUUUGGAGUCAUGCAGACCAGAGGCUGCAGCUGCCCUGUCCAGGCGCACCCUCGGCACACUACAGAAGCUUCCUGUGCCCAUGGGGCCUUCUCAGCCUUUCCGUGCCCCUCGGCCCCGGGGCCUAAGCUCCCCCUACCGUAGGCCAAGGCUAGGCUGGCCUCGGCCUCGAUUUCCGAAGAUGUUCAAGUGUAGCCGCAGAACAUACCGGCAGAAACCCCAAGGUCCAACUGCCACCCCUGCAGCCACCAAUCCUGCCACUGUGGCCACAGAUAUCAACAACACUCCUACCGCCACCACCAGUGUGUGGAUCCUUCCGCCACAAGUUCUCAGACACCUCUGUCAACCUGGCAGCUUUCUGAUCUUCUAGAAAUGUCCAGAAACUAGUCCAGAAGCUUGGCUGGCUCCAGACCUGCAUCUCCUAGGGGCCAUGGGUGGUUAACAGCAGGCAAAUACAAUCAUUUCUGUUGCA